UUUUUUUUUUUUUCUUGAGACGGAGUUUUGCUCUGGUUACCCAGGCUGGGGUGCAAUGGCGCGAUCUCGGCUCACCGCAACCUCCGCCUCCUGGGUUCAGGCAAUUCUCCUGCCUCAGCCUCCUGAGUAGCUGGGAUUACAGGCACGCACCACCAUGCCCAGCUAAUUUUUUGUAUUUUUUUUAGUAGAGACGGGGUUUUACCAUGUUGACCGGGAUGGUCUCGAUCUCUUGACCUCGUGAUCCACCCGCCUCGGCCUCCCAAAGUGCUGGGAUUACAGGCGUGAGCCACUGCACCUGGCUAUAAGCAUGACCCCUUUAAUGAGAAGCUCUCCUCUGUCUUGGUUCCAAAGCACAUCUUGGUCUGUACUUGGACUCCUCCCACCUCAGCCUCCCAAAGUGCUGGGAUUGCUGGAGGCAUGAGCCACUGUGCCCAGCUGCCAGAUUGUUUUCUGACCUGCUUUUUUCUUGAGUAACCUUUUCUCCAGCACGUGACUCACACGCAGUGACCCUUGUUUCUUGAGGCCUUCAAACCCAUCAGCUCAUCUGAAAGUCACCCCUGAAGAGUCAGUGCAAGGGGUACUGGGAGAGGUCAGACGGCCCCGGGAAGCCACAGGGCCUGUGUCCCAGGAGGCCUGCUGCCUGCAGACGCUGCUCCGGGGCGCAGCCACGGUUGGCCAUCAGGGUGUGUCCCACUAUGAGGUGGCAUCUCUCUGAAGGCCUUCCUCUCACCCAGUGAUGUGUCUCCGUGUGCACGCCUAUGUGCUAAUAAUUCCACGUUUGCCAUAUGCCAUUUAUAUGCCUUACACAGAUUAACUCACUUUAUUCUCACAAAGACCUGUUAUCAUCAUGCCCAUUGAACAGAUGAGGACACUGAGUCACAGAAUCCUUGUGACUCACCCAAGGUCACACAGUUGGGAAGGGUGGGAGAAGCGUCUGUGAACCCCUGCGUCUCGGCUCUGCUCUGCGGCAGUCAUGGGAGCAGAGUCUGGGAAGCACUGUAGGUUUGCAUUUUGUUGGGGGAAAGAAGCGGGGUGGCGGGAAGAGAGAGGAAGACCCCUGGGAGCUGGGAUAAUGCCAGCCCCACAUGGACAGGCUGGGUGACGCCAGGCAAGUCGCUUCCCAUUUGGGACCCCAAGGACCCUUCUGCAGACCCAGCUGGGGGUCCUUGAUGAGCUGGUUGUCCGGAUCCCUAUGAGUCCUGUUGGCUGAGGUCAGUGAUGUCCCAGCACCAUCACUGGAUAUGGUUUGCUCUGAUGUGGAGGGUUAGGUGUAGCAGCCAGAAACGAUCCUGAGCUCUGGGCCUCUGAACCCGGCUACCCUCCUCUGCCAGCUACUGUGGGUGUCUCUACCCUCUGUGUCUCCGUUUCCUUGCCUGAAAAGAAGGGAUAAUGAAAACUAUCCCUCAAGGUGUUUAUUACCAGUGCCCUUCAUGGAUGCAUCAGCUGGCCCAGGCCCUUGGCAGCAGAGCUGGGCCUGGGAGCCUGGGUGUCAGUCUGUUGAACCUUGAGCCACCCUGGGGCUGUGAUCAGCCUGGGCGUGCAUGAGCCCCGCUGCAUAUUUAUUACGGCAAUUUUUUGACAGAUGACAGAGUGUGGGGCUCUCUUCUGAAUGAGGCUAGUGGAGGCCUUGGGUCCAAAGCCCUAAUUUUAUGCUGAGGGCUAUAAGACUUCACAAGGGAAAGGGCCUGGCUGGGGCUUACGGGCUGCCUGCUGACCCCUCCUCCCCCACUUCUUUUGCAGUUCUGGGAAGUCAUCAGUGAUGAGCAUGGCAUAGACCCCAGUGGCAACUACGUGGGUGACUCUGACUUGCAGCUGGAGCGGAUCAGCGUCUACUACAAUGAGGCAUCUUCUCACAAGUAUGUGCCUCGGGCCAUCCUGGUGGACCUGGAGCCUGGGACCAUGGACAGCGUCCGCUCUGGGGCCUUUGGACAUCUUUUCAGGCCUGACAACUUCAUUUUCGGUCAGAGUGGGGCCGGCAACAACUGGGCCAAGGGCCACUACACAGAGGGCGCGGAGCUGGUGGAUUCGGUCCUGGACGUCGUGCGGAAAGAGUGUGAAAACUGCGAUUGCCUGCAGGGCUUCCAGCUGACCCACUCGCUGGGGGGCGGCACGGGGUCCGGCAUGGGCACGCUGCUCAUCAGCAAGGUGCGCGAGGAGUACCCUGACCGCAUCAUGAACACCUUCAGUGUGGUGCCCUCGCCCAAGGUGUCCGACACGGUGGUGGAGCCCUACAACGCCACGCUGUCCAUCCACCAGCUGGUGGAGAACACGGAUGAGACCUACUGCAUCGACAACGAGGCGCUCUAUGACAUCUGCUUCCGCACCCUCAAGCUGGCCACGCCCACCUACGGGGACCUCAACCACCUGGUGUCGGCCACCAUGAGCGGGGUGACCACCUCGCUGCGCUUCCCAGGCCAGCUGAACGCCGACCUGCGCAAGCUGGCGGUGAACAUGGUGCCCUUCCCCCGCCUGCACUUCUUCAUGCCCGGCUUCGCGCCCCUCACGGCCCGGGGCAGCCAGCAGUACCGGGCCCUGACCGUGCCUGAGCUCACCCAGCAGAUGUUUGACGCCAAGAACAUGAUGGCCGCCUGCGACCCGCGCCACGGCCGCUACCUGACCGUGGCCACUGUGUUCCGGGGCCGCAUGUCCAUGAAGGAGGUGGACGAGCAGAUGCUGGCCAUCCAGAGCAAGAACAGCAGCUACUUCGUGGAGUGGAUCCCCAACAAUGUGAAGGUGGCCGUGUGCGACAUCCCGCCCCGCGGCCUCAAGAUGUCCUCCACUUUCAUCGGCAACAGCACUGCCAUCCAGGAGCUGUUCAAGCGCAUCUCCGAGCAGUUCACGGCCAUGUUCCGGCGCAAGGCCUUCCUGCACUGGUACACGGGCGAGGGCAUGGACGAGAUGGAGUUCACCGAGGCCGAGAGCAACAUGAACGACCUGGUGUCCGAGUACCAGCAGUACCAGGACGCCACGGCCGAGGAGGAGGGCGAGAUGUAUGAAGACGACGACGAGGAGUCAGAGGCCCAGGGCCCGAAGUGAAGCUGCUUGCGGCUGGCGUGAGGGGCAGGUGGCGGCCGGGGCCAAGGCCAGCAGUGCCUGACCCCCAGAGCCAUCUUGCUGCCACCACCGACCCCUGCUACCCCCAUUCGGCUCCCGUGCGCCUCCUGCAGUAUUUACGGCCUCAUCCUCCCCACCCAGGCCACCUGCGUGCUGCUCCUGUCUCUGUCUUACUGCAGCUCCUGGCCUGAUGUUUUACCGUUUUGUUUUUUACUGGUUUGCGUUUAUAUUUUUGGGGAUACUUAAUAAAUCUAUUGCUGUCAGAUACGCUU